ACAGCAGAAAGCACCACAACUCUGGGUACCACAACAGCAGAAAGCACCACAACUCUGGGUACCACAACAGCAGAAAGUACCACAAGCAAGGUCACAACAACAGAAAGCACCACCCCUGAGACCACAACUGUAGGUACUGCUACAGCAGAAAGCACAACCAUAGCCACAACAACACCAGAAAGUACAACAACUGAGACCACAACAUCAGAGAGCACCACAACUGUGGGUACCACUACAGCGGAAAGCACCACAACUGUGGGUACCACAACAGCAGAAAGUACUACAAGCAAGGUCACAACAACAGAAAGCACCACCCCUGAGACCACAACUGUAGGUACUACUACAGCAGAAAGCACAACCACAGCCACAACAACUCCAGAAAGUACAACAACCGAGACCACAACACCAGAUAGCACCACAACUGUGGGUACCACUACAGCAGAAAGUACCACAAGCGAGAUCACAACAACUGGAAGCACCCCCCCUGAGACCACAACUGUAGGUACUACUACAGCAGAAAGUACAACUGCAGCCACAACAACUCCAGAAAGUACAACAACCGAGACCACAACAUCAGAGAGCACCACAACUGUGGGUACCACUACAGCGGAAAGUACCACAAGCGAGAUCACAACAACUGAAAGCACCACCCCUGAGACCACAACUGUAGGUACUGCUACAGCAGAAAGUACAACCACAGCCACAACAACUCCAGAAAGUACAACAACUGAGACCACAACAUCAGAGAGCACCACAACUGUGGGUACCACUACAGCGGAAAGUACCACAAGUGAGAUGAUAAUAACAGAAAGCACCACCCCUGAGACAACAACUGUAGGUACUACUACAGCAGAUAGUAUAACUGCAGCCAAAAUAACUCAAGAAACUACAACAACUGAGACCACAACAGCAGAGAGCACCACAAAUGUGGGUACCACUACAGCGGAGAUCACAACAGAAAGCACCACCCCUGAGACCACAACUGUAGGUACUACUACAAAAGAAAGUACAACCGCAGCCACAACAACUCCUCAAAGUACAACAACAGAGACCACAACAUCAGAGAGCACCACAACUCUGGCGGAGCUCACAACAACAGAAAGCAUCACCCAUGAGACCACAACUGUAGAUACUACUACAGAAGAAAGUACAACUGCAGCCACAACAACUCCUCAAAGUACAAAAACUGAGACCACAACAUCAGAGAGCACCACAACUCUGGGUACCACAACAGCAGAAAGUACCACAAGCAAGGUCACAACAACAGAAAGCACCACCCCUGAGACCACAACUGUAGGUACUACUACAGCAGAAAGCACAACCACAGCCACAACAGCUCUAGAAAGUACAACAACUGAGACCACAGCAUCAGAGAGCACCACAACUGUGGGUACCACUACAGCGGAAAGUACCACAAACGAGAUGACAACAACAGAAAGCACCACCCCACAGACCACAACUGCAGGUACUACUACAGCAGAAAGUACAAACACAGCCACAACAAAUCCAGAAAGUACAACAACCGAGACCACAACAUCAGAGAGCACCACAACUGUGGGUACAACAACAGCGGAAAGUACCACAAGCGAGAUCACAACAACUGAAAGCACCACACCUGAGACCACAACUGUAGGUACUACUACAGCAGAAAGCACCACAACUGUGGAUACCACUACAGCGGAAAGUACCACAAGCGAGAUCAUGAUAACAGAAAGAACCACCCCUGAGACCACAACUGUAGGUACUACUACAGCAGAUAGUAUAACCGCAGCCAAAAUAACUCAAGAAACUACAAAAACCGAGACCACAACAGCAGAGAGCACCACAACUUUGGGUACAACUACUGCAGAAAGUACAACAACCGAGACUACAACACCAGAGAGCACCACAAGCGAGAUCACAACAACAGAAAGCACCACCCCUGAGACCACAACUGCAGGUACUACUACAGCAGAAAGUACAACCACAGCCACAACAACUCCAGAAAGUACAACAACUGAGACCACAACAUCAGAGAGCACCACAAAUGUGGGUAGCACAGCAGCGGAAAGUACCACAGGCGAGAUCACAACAACAGAAAGCACCACCCCUGUGACCACAACUGCAGGAACUACUACAGCAGAAAGUACAACCACAGCCACAACAACUGCAGAAAGUACAACAACCGGUCCGACAACAUCAGAGAGCACAACAACUGUGGGUACCACAACAAAAGAAAGCACCACAACUGUGGGUACCACUACAGCGGAAAGUACCACAAGAGAGAUCACAACAACUGAAAGCACCACCCCUGAGACCACAACUGUAGGUACUACUACAGCAGAAAGUACAACCACAGCCACAACAACUCCAGAAAGUACAACAACCGAGACCACAACAUCAGAGAGCACCACAACUGUGGGUACCACUACAGCGGAAAGUACCACAAGCGAGAUCACAACAACUGAAAACACCACCCCUGAGACCACAACUGUAGGUACAACUACAUCAGAAAGUACAACCACAGCCACAACAACUCCAGAAACUACAACAACCGAGAGCACAACAACUGUGGGUACCACAACAGAAGAAAGCACCACAACUGUGGGUACCACUUCAGCGGAAAGUACCACAAGCGAGAUCACAACAACUGAAAGCACCACCCCUGAGACCACAACUGUAGGUACUACUACAGCAGAAAGUACAACUGCAGCCACAACAACUCCAGAAAGUACAACAACCGAGACCACAACAUCAGAGAGCACCACAACUGUGGGUACCACAACUGCGGAAAGUACCACAGGCGAGAUCACAACAACAGAAAGCACCACCCCUGAGACCACAACUGCAGGAACUACUACAGCAGAAAGUACAACCACAGCCACAACAACUCCAGAAAGUACAACAACUGAGACCACAACAUCAGAGAGCACCACAACUGUGGGUACCACUACAGCGGAAAGUACCACAACUGUGGGUACCACUACAGCGGAAAGUACCACAAGCGAGAUCACAACAACAGAAAGCACCACCCCUGAGACCACAACUAGAGGUACUACUACAGCAGAAAGUACAAACACAAUCACAACAACUCCAGAAAGUACAACAACUGAGACCACAACAUCAGAGAGCACCACAACUGUGGGUACCACAACAGCGGAAAGUACUACAAGCGAGAUCACAACAACAGAAAGCACCACCCCUCAGACCACAACUGCAGGUACUACUACAGCAGAAAGUACAACCACAGCCACAACAACUCCAGAAAGUACAACAACCGGGCAGACAACAUCAGAGAGCACAACAACUGUGGGUACCACAACAGAAGAAAGCACCACAACUGUGGGUACCACUACAGCGGAAAGUACCACAAGCGAGAUCACAACAACUGAAAGCACCACCCCUGAGACCACAACUGCAGUUACUACUACAGCAGAAAGUACAACCACAGCCACAACAACUCCAGAAAGUACAACAACCGAGACCACAACAUCAGAGAGCACCACAACUGUGGGUACUACAACAGCGGAAAGUACCACAAGCGAGAUCACAACAACAGAAAGCACCACCCCUGAGACCACAACUGCAGGUACUACUACAGCAGAAAGUACAACCACAGCCACAACAACUCCAGAAAGUACAACAACCGAGACCACAACAUCAGAGAGCACAACAACUGUGGGUACCACAACAGAAGAAAGCACCACAACUGUGGGUACCACAACACCAGAAAGUACCACAAGCGAGAUCACAACAACAGAAAGCACCACCCCUGAGACAACAACUGCAGGUACUACUACUGCAGAAAGUACAACCACAGCCACAACAACUCCAGAAAGUACAACAACUGAGACCACAACAUCAGAGAGCACAGAGACCAUAACAUCAGAGAGCACCACAACUGUGGGUACCACUACAGCGGAAAGCACCACUACUGUGGGUACCACAACACCAGAAAGUACCACAAGCGAGAUCACAACAACAGAAAGCACCACCCUUGAGAACACAACUGCAGGAACUACUACAGCAGAAAGUACAACCACAGCCACAACAACUCCAGAAAGUACAACAACCGAGACCACAACAUCAGAGAGCACAACAACUGUGGGUACCACAACAGAAGAAAGCACCACAACUGUGGGUACCACAACAGCGGAAAGUACCACAAGCGAGAUCACAACAACUGAAAGCACCACCCUUGAGACCACAACUGCAGGUACUACUACAGCAGAAAGUACAACUGCAGCCACAACAACUCCAGAAAGUACAACAACCGAGACCACAACAUCAGAGAGCACAACAACUGUGGGUACCACAACAGAAGAAAGCACCACAACUGUGGGUACCACAACAGCGGAAAGUACCACAAGCGAGAUCACAACAACAGAAAGCACCACCCCUGAGGCCACAACUGCAGGUACUACUACAGCAGAAAGUACAACCACAGCCACAACAACUCAAGAAAGUACAACAACCGGGCAGACAACAUCAGAGAGCACAACAACUGUGGGUACCACAACAGAAGAAAGCACCACAACUGUGGGUACCACUACAGCGGAAAGUACCACAAGCGAGAUCACAACAUCAGAGAGCACCACAACUGUGGGUACCACAACAGCGGAAAGUACCACAAGCGAGAUCACAACAACAGAAAGCACCACCCCUGAGACCAUAACUGCAGGUACUACUACAGCAGAAAGUACAACCACAGCCACAACAACUCCAGAAAGUACAACAACCGAGACCACAACAUCAGAGAGCACCACAACUGUGGGUACCACUACAGCGGAAAGCACCACAACUGUGGGUACCACAACAGAAGAAAGCACCACAACUGUGGGUACCACAACACCAGAAAGUACCACAAGCGAGAUCACAACAACAGAAAGCACCACCCUUGAGACCACAACUGCAGGUACUACUACAGCAGAAAGUACAACCACAGCCACAACAACUCCAGAAAGUACAACAACCGAGACCACAACAUCAGAGAGCACAACAACUGUGGGUACCACCACAACUGUGGGUACCACAACAGAAGAAAGCACCACAACUGUGGGUACCACAACACCAGAAAGUACCACAAGCGAGAUCACAACAACAGAAAGCACCACCCCUGAGACCACAACUGCAGGCACUACUACAGCAGAAAGUACAACCACAGCCACAACAACUCCAGAAAGUACAACAACCGGGCCGACAACAUCAGAGAGCACAACAACUGUGGGUACCACAACAGAAGAAAGCACCACAACUGUGGGUACCACUACAGCGGAAAGUACCACAAGCGAGAUCACAACAACUGAAAGCACCACCCCUGAAACCACAACUGCAGGUACUACUACAGCAGAAAGUACAACCACAGCCACAACAACUCCAGAAAGUACAACAACCGAGACCACAACAUCAGAGAGCACCACAACUGUGGGUACCACAACAGCGGAAAGUACCACAAGCGAGAUCACAACAACAGAAAGCACCACCCCUGAGACCACAACUGCAGGUACUACUACAGCAGAAAGUACAACCACAGCCACAACAACUCCAGAAAGUACAACAACCGAGACCACAACAUCAGAGAGCACCACAACUGUGGGUACCACUACAGAAGAAAGCACCACAACUGUGGGUACCACUACAGCGGAAAGUACCACAAGCGAGAUCACAACAACUGAAAGCACCACCCCUGAGACCACAACUGUAGGUACUACUACAGCAGAAAGUACAACUGCAGCCACAACAACUCCAGAAAGU